AUUGCACAUACUCGUGGCGCUAGUCCGAAACUUCAGGAAGAGCGAUAUUUCGAACUUCAUUAUGGUUCAACCACUUUUGGAUUCUCCUGUGAAAUCACGGAAACCUAAAAAUUCUCCAUUUUUUCAACAAAAGCUACCAGCAUGGCAACCAAUGUUUACAGCUAAAAAGUCUGGUAUAAUGUUUAUUGUACUCGGAGUUAUACUAAUACCGAUCGGUGUUAUAUUACUAAUAACAUCAAAUAAUGUUCUCGAAUAUCAUGUAGACUAUACAGACUGUACUAGAAAUGGUUCUCAAGAAUUAUGCUCUGAUAUAAUAAUGAAUACAGCUGAAAAAUGUAUUUGUUUAAAAGAAAUUACUGUUGAAACAUCAAUACCUGGACCUGUUUUUAUCUAUUAUGGUCUUAAAAACUUUUAUCAAAAUCAUCGAAGAUAUGCAAGAUCUAAAAGUGAUGAACAAUUACUCGGUAUAUAUCAAGAUCCAAGUGCUUUAUCUUCAUGUGAACCAUAUGCAUCUAUCAAUAGUAAACCAAUACUUCCAUGUGGAGCAAUUGCUAACAGUAUAUUCAAUGAUACAUUCAGUAUAACAUAUCUACGACAAAAUGGUACAAAGGUGUCUGUUCCUACUUUAAGAAAUGGUAUAGCUUGGCGUUCUGAUUUAGAUAGGAAAUUUGGUGUUUUGGAUGAAAAAGCCAUUAACAAUACAAUUAAACCACCUAGUUGGCCUAUACCACUUCAAGAAAGGUCAUCGAAACCAUUUCCAACCGAUGAGGAUUUAAUUGUAUGGAUGAGGAUAGCUGCUUUACCGAGUUUUCGUAAAUUAAAUUCAUUCGUUAUGCAUAAAGAUGAGUUUGCCAACGGUCUACCAUCGGGAACUUACGAAAUUGCUAUCAAUUACAACUAUCCAGUUGUCUCAUUUGGUGGACGAAAAUCAAUCAUUCUAGCCAAUUCAAGUUGGUUAGGUGGAAAAAAUCCAACUUUGGGUAUUUCUUGUAUAGUUACCGGUUGCAUACACUUAUGUCUUGGUAUAGCGUUUCUUAUAGCGCAUUUCAUGUUUGGUAAACGCGAUGGUUGUAUGGAUUGAGUUGUGCUUAUCUCAGCCUAAUAAACAACACUAAGAAGGAGAGGAGACAGGGAACUUUCAACAAGUGGUAGAAUCAGAAUUACGUACAGAUCAGUUCGUUGAAGAUUUGAGAUUAACUUCAUCCCUACUGCCCGGGAUUUAACUGAAGCAGCAUUGGAACUCUCCGAGCACUGGACAACUGUUUCGUCCUAGUAUGCGAUUCCUCAGCAGUGCACACUCAUGACCCCACCGCACCAGGGAUCAGACCCAGGGUCUUUAGGUUCUGUGGCUAACACGUUACCAUUGAAGCUAGCCACUGGUUCGGUGGAAUCCAAUGGUCCAUAUUUUCAACUUAAUCCGAUUUUCUAUCUGUCAAUAGCUUCAAAAUAGGCAGACGUGAGAAGAACACAAUUUCAAUAAGAUUGCUGUACUAGUUUUUAUGUUGCAGCUUAUAUACCUACGCAUCGUUGGCGGGGUCGAAGUGAUGGAUCCCUCGAUACUGUCGGCAUUUUCAGUCUUGAUAUUUUUAAUGUGAUGGAAAGCAGUGGGAUGCAGGACGCGUGUUUCGUCAUUUUGCUACGCUUGCUUCGCAUCCAGGAAGUGGGACUUAAGCGAGAAGCUAUCACAUCAAAGAUCGUGGCACAAAGAAAGGCUAUCACUACUUAGUGACCUAGUGAUGAUGCCCUGGCGUUUGAAGCCAUCGGUCUCCGGGUUCGAGUCUCAGGGGGGGGGACAGCACUCACUGGGUGUAAGGCUGACGAGUCCUAUGCAAGACGGAACACGCGUCGCAAAUUAAACUGGUCACCGGUAUCCAUCACGAAUAUCAGAAUGUCUUAACUGUUUCGCACAAGUUUAUUUUUGUGUUUACCGUGAAUAACGAGCAGUUUUGUGCUCAUAAUAAUAAUAAUUGAAAAGGGUCUACUUGGAAAUACUUUACCCAACGUCUCGUUAAUUGUUGAAACGACCUAUGCGCGCCUAUGUCUGUAUGAUAGUAGCAUAUUUAGCUACGCGUCACCUACCAUCGCAGAGUUGUUGUCUGAUUAAACCCUGUUGAUCAUAGUUCAUCUUACGACUGGAGUUUGUCACUCACGAAGGUGGUAUGAUUGCUGGGUUUAUUACAACUUUAUAUUUCUUACUUUUGUCAAAUACGUCUAUGAAUGGUUUUCUUUUGUGUUGAUGUUGGUGACCAGUAGAGGAAUCCAGUUGGUCUCACGUUUCGUCCUAUUUGUGGCUAAUCAGCUGGAUGUACCUACACGUCAGUGAGUGAAUGGUAUUGUUGCCACAGAGACUAUGCAGGGCCGAACCCUUUGACUUUAUUAUGAAUAUUCAGCAGUAUCGAGACAUACUCUUCGUAAGCCCAUCUGCCAACAAAGGUAGAGGGAUUGGGCUCUGCUCAGCAAUGGGUCUCCUUUAGUCUAUUAAAUCAUACUACUUGCAUCUUUUUGUGGUAGUUUCAUAGAACUAUGUGCAGAAUUCAGGUAAACUGUAUGCUACAUGAUGAACACUACUUCAAAAUACAUUAUUGUAUAGUGCUCAUGAAUGAUAUGCUUCUAGAUGGAUAUCACGAAGUUCUAAUGAGAAGCGGUGACCUGUAUGGUCAACUAGUUGAAAACUGGGACUCUGACCCGCUGGCUAAAUUGUUAACACGUUUGCCGGGAAACUUGAAGAGAUCCUGAGUUCGAUCCCUGGCGAUUUGAAAACGUGGAUUUCUGCUUCCAGAAGAGUUACACACUUAGACGUAACAGUUGUUGUCUAGUGCUCUCAAGUUUUCAAUUGAUAUCGGAAAGCACAUCGAAGCCCACCAGUUCUUUCGUAACAUAACAAUAGAAAUAGCCAGUUAUCAUGACGUUUUCUACAUAUACACAAAAAAAUUUUUCUUUUAAAGAAAGAGAGAAACUCCUCAAGUCAAUCAGCAGUUUCAUGUAUGUGCAGUUGUUGUUAUCUCUUACAAAUUUUUCUAUUUUGUCCCUUUUUUCUAAUUUUGAUUUUUUUCCUCUUCUUAUUUCUACUACUAAUAAUUGCUGUUAGUAGUAUUGGUGGUUUGUAUGCUUUAUAUGUUCAACCUAUCUCAUGCAUAUCAAUAUUAUGUGAGAUGUAUCAAUCCAGUAUUUUUGAUGUAUAUCUUUCUAGGAAUGGUUAGCCUAUGUGAUUCACGGUUAAUCGUGCUUAGAUGGAUACGUGAAUGUUCAUUGGGAUUAGUUUUCUGUGUGUACCUUGAUUAUCAUUGUCUCUUUCCACCCCCUUACUAUGUUUGUGUGUGUGUGUGUGUGUUUCGCACUUUCCACCAAAAAGAUGAAUACUUGAAAAACUUUUUAAUUAUUUACUUACUUAUUUUAUUUGUCAUUAUUGUUUCAAAUAUAUUGCUCUACAUAUACUACU